CUUUCUCUCUUUGUUCACGCAUUCGUCUUCUAUUUCCCUCUUCAUACACCAGUUAAGGUAUUGAUCAUUUGAGAGACAAUGGGAAAUUCGAAAAAAGAUGAAGCAAAGAUUGAAAAAAUAAUUCGUGGUCUUUUGAAACUUCCUGAAAAUCGAAGAUGCAUCAAUUGCAACCUCUUGGGACCACAAUAUGUGUGUACAACUUUCUGCACAUUUGUCUGCACAAAUUGCAGUGGAAUACAUCGAGAAUUUACACACCGAGUAAAAUCAGUAUCCAUGGCUAAAUUUACUUUAGAAGAAGUUGAAGCUAUUCAAGCAGGUGGUAACGAGAGAGCCAAAGAAAUUUAUUUUAAAUGCUGGGACCCUCAACGACAUUCUUACCCUGAAUCCAACAACAUGCAGAGACUCCGCGAGUUCAUCAAGAAUGUGUAUGUGGAAAGAAAAUUUACCGGUGAACAUCAUGUGGAUCUUCCGAGGAUUAGAGAAGAAGGAAAGGAGGAACCAUACCAAAGUAAGAAGAUUAAUUUAUUUCGUAUUGAGCCAAAAAGUUCAUCUUAUGAAGCUAGAGUUCAGAGAAGUUCUAGUGCAAGAUCUCCUGAUAUAAGAAGUGAUGACAAUAACAAUGUUAGAUUUUACGUUGAUGAAAGAAGAAGCCCAAGAUAUGCCCAAAAUUUGGCAAGGCAUGGCAGCUUUGCUAGAAAGCCUAUACAAAUUGAGGUUGUUGACAACAGGUUCCGAGACGGUGAAUCAAGAAACAGCAAGGUUACAGAUUUAGACACAAAGCUAAAACAGCUUCAACCAGCAAGGCAGAAGACUGUAGAUGAAUCUCAAUCACCUGUCGUUCGCCCUUUGGGAGAAGUAUCAGGAGAGAAUGGUCCAUCUCUUAAAGCCUCUAACGCUGCUUCUGUACCAGAAAUGCAGCCUAUAUCACAACCAAUUGAAGAAAACUGGGCUAUAUUUGAAGAUUUUCCAGUUGCUAAUCCUGCCGAAAACAAAAUCUCACACACAAAUAUAUUCACAUCUUCUGUAACAAUGACAACACCUCAAGCAACACAUACAAAUUCCUUAGAUUUCUUACUUUCUGAAUUGUCAGGUCCAUUGGUUGCAACAACUGGGGACAUGUCUAAGGUCUCAACUUUUAACAAUGAUCUAACAAUUGUGCCUGUAGAAAAUUCCAGCACACAUGGGGAUUUGCAGCACUUGCCACCUUUUCCAAUAUCCGAGGCAACUGCUUCAGCAACCAGUAGUGAUGCUUGGUCUAUUAUACCGAUCCAAACCAAUGAGAUGGAACAACCUUCUAAUGCUUUGCCUUCAAAUGAUGAGAUAAAUCAUAGAGAAGAAUCCAACAAAGUCUUAGAUUGGCAGACAUCACCAAGCAUGCAAUUCUCUCCUGCAGUAUCAGAAGGUAGUAGCUCUACAGCACAACCAUCAAGUACACCAAUCACACCUAUAGCUCCAAAUGAUAUGCAAUCAGAUGUUCUAAAUUCACAUGAUCCCUCCAGUGCUUUCACUGAACUCUCUCCUCAGACCAACUCAAAACCAACUCAAGAAACCAAAUCUGAUGUUGGCUUAAAACCUUCAACAGUAGAAAACAGGUCUACUGGAAGAAUGGAACUUCCAGAGGACCUUUUCUCUUCAAGCUACUUAUCUGGCCCUCCUACACCACUUUCAGGUUGGCAAAAUGAUCAACCUCAACACCAUGGAAUGGGAUAUGGCUUGCAGUAUUAUCCUAAUGCACCGUCCCCCUCAGCAUUCCCUAUUGCAGCAAGAUCCUCAUCAAAUCCAUUUGCAGUAACUGAGGACAAACCUUUAGCCCACACCUUAUCACUUCCCAAUAUGUCAUGUACCCUACCUAUAUCUCCCGGAGCAGGACUAAUGCAUGCUUCAAGUUAUGGGUCUUUGGGAAUGGUUCCUCAGUCCACAAGUUUUGGAUCUCCUCUUGUUCAUCCACAAUCUGCAUCUGGAUUUCCCAAUAGUGCAUACUUUGGCCAAGUUAAUAACAUGCAACCUCCUAGAUUUGAAAGAGCUGCUAGUACAAGUGAUGAUGAAAGUGUUUUUGGAUCCCUAAGCACCAUGAAGCUUUCAAGUGGUGAGUACAUGACACAAACCACUCCAAAUCCAUUUUCGAAGAAGGGAAGAAAUCCAUUUGGAGAUAUAUAAUGCUACGUUUAGUGUUUUAGAAUAGAAAAUACAGAGAUAAAGAUAGAGACAAAACAAACUAUCCUUACCCCAAUUAUAGUAAGUUUUCUAAUAAACAAAAAUUGGGCAAAUUUUGUUGUACAACAAAGACAUUUUCUUUGUUUUUGUAUAUGAAUUUGUAUCAUUUAUAAAUAAAUUUAUA